AGGUACGCCCAGCCGCGUCGGGCCCGUAACUGCUCGGGGGGCGGCGCCCUCCCGCCGCAGCCGCAGUGGCCGGCGCCGCAGCGAGGAGCCAUGGGCAACAUCUCUUCCAACAUCUCGGCCUUCCAGUCCCUGCACAUCGUCAUGCUGGGUUUGGACUCGGCCGGCAAGACCACGGUGCUCUACCGGCUCAAGUUCAACGAGUUCGUGAACACGGUGCCCACCAUCGGCUUCAACACGGAGAAGAUCAAGCUGAGCAACGGCACGGCCAAGGGCAUCAGCUGCCACUUCUGGGACGUGGGCGGCCAGGAGAAGCUGCGGCCGCUGUGGAAGUCCUACAGCCGCUGCACGGACGGCAUCAUCUACGUGGUGGACUCGGUGGACGUGGACCGGCUGGAGGAGGCCAAGACGGAGCUUCACAAGGUGACCAAGUUCGCAGAGAACCAGGGCACGCCGCUGCUCGUCAUCGCCAACAAGCAGGACCUGCCCAAGUCGCUGCCCGUGGCCGAGAUCGAGAAGCAGCUGGCGCUGCACGAGCUCAUCCCGGCCACCACCUACCACGUCCAGCCGGCGUGCGCCAUCAUCGGCGAGGGCCUCACCGAGGGCAUGGACAAGCUCUAUGAGAUGAUCCUGAAACGCAGGAAGUCCCUCAAGCAGAAGAAGAAGCGGACUAGUGACUCGACCUGGGUAUGUAGGCAGACUUGCCAACCUGAGCUCGACCUGCCGUCACCCCUAGCUCAGGGGACCUUUUGUCUGAACGCCAGAGCUGCUAAAGGGUUGGGGGCCCCACUGGGGAGUGGACGUGCAGGUCCCGCCGUAUGCCCUCCUGGCCCAGGUUGGAAGGCUCAGAUGUCAGAGACAAAAGCGAUUUCUUCCUACUGCAGCAGGGCCAGAAGUUCAGGCUUCCCUGCCCUCAAUGGAGAUCGCACCUGUGAAUUUCCUGAGGUAUGCGGUUCCCAGAACCCCGGGAGUACCCGUCUGGGGACAUGGUGGCAGUGGGAGGUGCUGGGGGGGACAGCCUCUCCUUGGGCUGUGAAAGCUGGACAAUUUUAUGUCACAGGGCAGGCCCCUGUGAAAAUUCAUCUGUCCUGCCCUGGGCCCAAACGAGGUGCUGGUUUGGGCCAUCAGAGGACUGCCUGGAACAGUACGGCAGCUGGAAGGCACGGGGCGCUGCGCUGGCCUCCUCUGGGGAAUGCCCGCGAAGAAUGCCCCUUUCCUGGUGCUUUGUGGUAGCUUCAGAAGACCAGUUAUGUUGAGAACUGCUUUUCAGCCUGGAAUCAGACAUCUUCCAGAUGGUUUGGACUCUGUCCAUGUGUAGGUCAUUAUCACACAAAGAGACCAAUAAAAAAAAAAAUAGAAAAAAACAAAAAACUGUUGGAGGUGGUGGCCAAUGAUGCAUUUUCUGUUUGCAGAAUAGUUAAAGGUGUUUAAAGGGUAAGGCUCUUGACAUCAAUGCUGGAUGCGGUGUGUGUGUGUAGAUGCAGGGACCUCCCUCUGCACUGUGUAAUCGGCACACAUUUCUAGACCCAUAUGUGUGGAAUCUUAAAUUCUCUUAGCCUACUGUUUGGCUUGUGUGAGCACACCAGCUGCAGAUGUGUGCUGAAUGACAAGCGGGUUUUGGCAAGGGAUGUCUCUUGUAAUCCUAACCGCUUGAUGAUGGGUUAUGGUUUUCAGACAUGUUUUUUUUUUUUUUAAUCUGCUACGAAUGAAUACUCACCUUAGAAAUACUCAGUUUAGGAAAAAAAGACUUUGCUUUUCCCUUUUAGAUCCCUUUACACUGCAAGUGGUGACAUGUUCAGAUUUCUAAUUGGUUCAUUGUGGCCUAUCUGGUUUCAGUAUUUUCAUUACAAAUGUCUCGCUAGAGUAUUUGAUGUCAUGCACCAACAAAUAAAAGCCCACCUUGUUGCAAAAGCCGACCUCAUUGCAUGGAUUUAAAGGCAAGGGAAAAGCACAAGGAGGUCCUUCCUAAUUCCUUCUUGUGGAAACUGGUUGCAGAGCAAAUGCAGACACAGUGAGUGCUUGAGAUAAAGGAAAGCCUGUGACGUAAUGGUCACCUGUCCUCAGGCUCCUCACGUUUACUUGAAAGAGGCUUUGGAAACAGAUAAAGUGAAAGAAGAAGAAAUACCUAUUUUUAAUAAUGUAAUUUAAAAAAUCCUUUAUAAUCAGGACUGAGUCUUGGUUUGCAGAAGCUGUCAUUUACCCUGAAACACAGUAUCAAACAGGAAACUUAACGCUUCCUGUGUGAUUUUGAUUUCCUCUUUGAAUCUGCGUUUACAGGUGGAAUUAUGUUUUUUUCCCCCACUAUGAUAAAUUUCUUUGCAAAGGAGGCCUUUAGAAAUUGAGUAUGAUCAUGUGUGUGAGCAUGUGAGAGUCAAAUUAUAAAUCCAUGCCUAUUUUCCACUGCACUCAAAAAGUUAAUUUAAGAACCAGAGGUAGAAGUCCCGGCUUCCUGCCUGAAACCCAAUUCUCCUAUGAAAUAUUUUAAAAGAAGAAACCUAGCAGUCCAUCUUCCUUUUCUCUUUUGUCCGUGUAUUUGGUACCCCUCCAAUGCUGGUCUUUUUGUAGAAACUCAGUAGAGAAAAUAUAGCUGAGCAGUGUUGAAAAGCCUGCAAGAUUUCAGUUUACAUAUCGACAGCAUAGUCACUGAUUUCUAAAUGGGCUGGUCCCAUCAUCUGAAGAUUCUGUAUAGAAUUAUUAAAAAAAAAAAAAUCCAUCUUUCUUUAUUUUCUUCACAUGCAACAAUUUCUUAAGCACUUUGACAUUUUGGUAGUUCCACACUAUUGAGAGAAUAAUAUAUUUAUUUUGUGACAUUGCAGAUGCCAAAUACUGUAACCUUCUCGUGCUGACAAUACUUUGGUUCAAGAUCACUGUUCAUAUCCUCUCAUGCUUUACCAGUGAUGCGAAAUGAGUGUUUUUUGCAUUAUCGGUACUUAAGGGUGCAGUCAACUGUUAGUAACUGUGCAGUAGAGCUCUGUGGUGUAGCAACCAAUAGUUGAAUCUCAGUUGAUUUCUGUAGUGUUUGCCCAAAUAAUAGCCCAUUUCAUCUCUGACCAAAUGGAGGAAACACAGGCUAAAUCACCUUGGAGCGGUCACCCGGAGAGUCCCCUCCAACGCAGCCGCUGAUUUAUUAUGCCUCCUGCUCUUGGGAGAAUGAAUGGGCUCCACGUAUAGAGGAAGUUGGCCUCCCUGCACGAGCUUUUGAAAUGUUUUCUCAUAGACACAGGGAGGCCAGUUUUGUUUCCGAACGAUUCUCUUCACAAAAUCUCUGUCAUGGUGUUGGGACUAUGUCUCCUGGUUUGUUUCCAUUUCUACUGCUGUAAUUCUCUGUCCUAAUCAUUUUCCUCUUUGGGUUCCCGUUUCCUUUUAUAUGCAUAUAUGAUCCUGUGAACAGAAAUAAAUUAUUUAUACAAUCAAA